UUACUGCCACUCGAUCGGAAUAACCGUUUCCGGCUCCAAAAGCUCCCGCAGCCGUCAGUCUACUAAGGCGGCUGUACAUCCAGUGUCCGCUACUUUGAAUCUUUUCACUUGUAGUUAACUAGAUGCCCCAGUAGGGCACGUACGACGUAUCCACUGCCUCGUGUCAAGUCCCAGUUCUUGUCUUUCCCUCGAGGGACAGGUCAUGGCUCGUAUCUAUGCUGGUGCGAAUGCACAACUGGGACGCUCAUGGUAUGACUAUGGUGAGCAAACUAUGUUUUCCCAGUUCCGCCACUGCAUGAAUUAUUCAGAUAAUUUCCGAAUCGAGUGGAGUUCUCCCGAACGUUAUGAGAUCGUAGAUCGUGUAGGAGGCGGGAAGUAUAGCGAGGUGUUCGAAGGGUUGGAUACCGCAAACUCUGAGACCUGUGUCAUCAAAGUACUCAAGCCUGUAGCCCUCAAGAAAAUCAAUCGUGAAAUUAAGAUUUUACGCAACCUCACUGGGGGCCCAAAUGUUGUUGCCCUUCUUGACGUCGUUCAAGACCCUUCAUCAAAAUACCACAGCUUAAUCAUGGAAUAUGUGGAUAAUGUGGAGUGGAAAUCACUGUACCCAAUCCUGGGUGAGGUAGACAUCAAGUUCUAUACUUUCCAACUCCUCAAGGCUUUGGAUUUUGUGCAUUCGCGAGGAAUCAUGCAUCGCGAUGUGAAACCAGGAAAUGUCAUGAUUGAUCACCGACACCGGAAGCUACGGCUCAUUGAUUGGGGGCUGGCUGAAUUCUAUCAUCCUGGGACAGCAUACCAUAUUCGCGUCGGUUCACGGUACUACAAGGCGCCCGAAUUGCUCGUGGGGUAUAAGCUGUACGACUACAGCCUUGAUCUGUGGAGCGUGGGAUGCAUGCUUGCUUCGAUGCUGUUUCGCAAAGAGCAUUUCUUCCGUGGUUCGGAUAAUGAUGACCAACUCUUGAAAAUCAUGAGAGUUCUAGGAUCUGACAGUUUCGAUGGAUACUUAAAGACAUAUGACAUACCAUUUGAGACGGACAUGGAGGCCCUUCUGCACUCUUAUCCAAGACAGCCUUGGGCACGUUUUAUCAAUGCUGAAAACCAGCAGUUUGUAACACCAGAGGCACUGGACCUUCUUGAUAAAUUACUUCGUUACGAUCAUCAGAAACGGCUAACAGCACGGGAGGCUCAAGCCCAUCCAUAUUUCAAUUUGGUCAGACUCGAGGCAACAUCAAUUAAAGGAGACUCAGCAGAGUACGUUAACGACUCUGGAUUCUGCUCCAUGUAAUGUACCUAGGGGGGUCAUGCUGUGUAGGUGUACUUUUGGAUCUCACACUUGUAGGGAGUCUGUUGUAUCGGGCGAUGCUAUCACUAUUAGGGUCAAGACACUCAUAUUGGAGAAUGUGAUCAGAAUUCAAGCACGCGGUGAUUG